GUUUUUCGUAUCUAAUCUUCCGUCUUAUUCGCUUUAAAACAAACUUGGUGGGAACGUUCCACCUCUGAAAAAGACGCGCCCAGGAUCCUAUAUAAAUAUGGCUUCAACUCCCAAGCUCACCAAACGCCAAAAGAAAGGCAUUGCUUUCCGCGAGGGCAAAGGCAAAGCAAAAAACCAAGGCGACGUGGAGCACGAUGUCCCUAUUCUCGAACCUCAGGACCUUAUUGACGGUCGGGCUAGCGAUUCGGAGGGUGGGGAGGACGUUCAAGGCGCUCAAAGGAGUGGUGGGAGGAAAGGAAAGGGAAGGGAAGAGGUCGUGGUUCAAAAGGAAGGAGAGAAAACCGGGUUGGUGGUGGCAACGAAAAAGAGAAAGAGGGAAGUUGCGGAAGCAGCACAGGGAGCCGGAGCCGGAGAUCUAGAGGGAGAGGAUGGACAGUCGGGGAAGCGGAAAGUCAAGAGGGCCAAGGGGACCAAGGGAGAUGUAGAGGAUGUUGUAGAGGAUGCGGAGGAGGCUGAGGAGGGAGAGUCGAAAACUGAAAAAUCAAAGCAACGUUUUAUUCUGUUUCUUGGAAAUCUUAAAUAUACUACCACCAUAGAAUCAAUACAGGCUCACUUCGCAGCAUGUGAUCCACCGCCCACUGUGCGUUUACUUGCACCUAAACCAGCUGCCAAUAAACCAUCCUCGAAACCUGUCAUCAAAUCCAAGGGAUGUGCUUUUCUCGAGUUCAAGCAUCGCAAUGCUCUUCAGCAGGGCCUCAAACUCCACCACUCCCAGUUAGAUGGUCGUCAGAUCAAUGUUGAACUUACUGCUGGGGGCGGUGGCAAGAGCGAAGCGAGGCUGUCGAAAUUGAAGGAGCGGAACAAGGAGUUGGAGAGUCAGCGACAAAAACAACUUCAGAAGAAAGCCAAGUCACAGGGCGAAGUGCCAGCGUCUGGGAUGGACGGAGCAAAGAGAUUCUCCACAACAUCAGGCGCCGACCAGGAGGUGCAGAAAAAGCGGACAUGGACGGUCGGUGACACAGAAGACUCCACGACACAUCGUGGGGGAAAGAAACACGCGAAGGCUGGUAAGGCACGGCGGACCAAAAGCAAAGAUUGGGGUACUGGCGUUAAUGCUAUCCCUGUUGGCUGAGGUUUCAUCCUGUAACCCAUUCUGUGAUUCCUUGCCCAUGCUGUCGGAUAUUAAAUUA